AUGUCGAGAAUAGGGAUGCGAAUGAACAAGCUGAAAUCUCUUGUCGGUGUACGAAAUGGCCCCGGCGCAGCAAAACUCCCUGCGAACGUGACCAAGAUACACAUGGAGUUCGGGCACAAGUGGAAUGACGGACACCUCGGCCCCCGAAAGUUCUGGAGGGAAAACCUGCCGCGGCUAAAGUACCACAACCCCGAGGUGCCGAUGAUCGUCAACCGGACGCACGACCAGGCGGGCCCCGCGACGCUGAGCAUCUACAUGAGCGGCGGCGCGCCGGCGGAGCCACAGGCGGCGCAGAUAGAGGGCACCACGGGCGCGGAGCCGAAGCGCGCCGUCGUCGCGACCGACGCCUGGCGCACCAUCGCGAGCUCGAGUACGGGCGGCGCGAGGGCGCCGCCGGCCGGCGAGGGGGAGAGGGUGGUCACGAUCAACAUGAAGAACGUGCGGUCGCACGACAUACUGAAGCAGUUCAUGGAGAAGACGGGCGCGAGGGAGGUCGAGCCGUCGCCCGAGGACCAGGAGGAGAUGGCGAGGCUGGUGGAGCUGCAGGAGCGCGCGGCGUACGACAAGGAGGUGCAGAGGAGGUAUCGGGAGAAGAUCCAGUCCGAGAAGAGGUUACUGGAGAGGGCGAGGCAGGAGGCGGACGCGAUCAAGGCGGACAAGUGA